ACUGGUUAUGGUUUAGGGUGGGGGGCGUCCCAAGGAUAAGCGAUAGCACUAACCCUCCCCGACUAGGCUAUAGCGGUUUAUAGGCUACUGCGCAUGCCCGAAGACCUAUCUGUCAGUCUACUCAAAUUUGGGUCAGGUGAGCCUGAAUUUCAAUGCGUCCUCUUCAUACACUUUAAAAAGUAGUUUAGUUUAUUUUAACGAUCAUUGCAUCUCAAAAACCAUGAGUACUCCUCCAACGCGCUGGUUCAAAGCAUUGCGGAGGAACAGGCUGGAGGAGCCCUGCAUGAAGACCCGUCUUUUAGAGUGUGUGGAGCUGCUGAAAAGGGCCAGAGCAGCCUUCCAAGCUGGCCGCGCAUUCGACGAGAGCUUCAGACAGGCCCAACUGGAAGCCCUUGUGCGCAUGCUGGUGGAACACGAGUGUGACUUUGUGGAUUCACUCGGGAGGGACCUCCAUAAGCCGCGGUUUGAGACUGUGGUGUCUGAACUGACACUGGUGAAGAGUGAGGCUCUUCAUGCCAUCAACAACCUCAAGAAGUGGAUGGAGCCGCAACGUGUGGAGAGGAACCUGACCACCACGCUGGACGAGUGCCUGGUGGUGUGUGAGCCACUGGGGGUGGUGCUGAUUGUGGGGGCCUGGUGUAGCCCUGUUCAGCUCUGUCUGGUACCCCUUGUUGGGGCCAUUGCCGCAGGGAACUGUGUGAUCCUCAACCCCUCAGAAUGUAGUUCUCACACAUCAGAGCUGCUACACCACCUCAUACCGUCAUACCUGGACAAUGAGUGUUACCAUGUGACCCUUGCAGGAGUGAAUGACCUGACUGAAAUAGUGGACCUCACAUUUGAUCAUGUUUUCUUCACCGGAAACCGUGAGGACGGGGGCAGAGUGGCACAGGCAGCAGCCCGCACGCUCACACCCGUCACCCUGGUCUUGGGCGGUGGUAAGAACCCCUGCUACGUGGAUCAGCAGUGUGACAUCCCCACUACGGCACGCCGCAUCACCUGGGCGCGCUUCCAUAAUGCCGGGCAGAGUAUGGUAGCCCCCGACUACGUCCUGUGCCAUGCCGAGGCCAAAACACAGCUGCUCCAGGCCCUGCGCUGCUGCCUCCUACAGUUCUAUGGUUCAGACCCCCAGGAGUCCAGGAGCUUUGGCCGCAUGGUGAACCUGGAGAACUUACACCGCACCACGGACCCGCUGCGGAGGUCUGGCAAAGUGGCUGUAGGAGGCCAAGUGAAUGAAGCAGAGAAAUACAUUGCACCAACCAUUCUGACAGAUGUGAUCGACUCGGACCCUAUCAUGCAGCAGGAGGUUUUCGGCCCAGUUCUGCCCAUUCUGACCGUCAACAGCGUAGAUGAGGCAAUCUCCUUCAUCUGUCGGCGAGAUAAGCCUCUCUGUGUGUACGCUUACUCUAGCAACAGCAAGGUAAUCUCAAGGCUAAUGAGUGAGACCUCAAGUGGGAGCUUCUGCUCCAAUGACAGUGUCCUGCAGAGCCUGAUGGUGGUCCUGCCUUUUGGGGGAGUAGGUGCCAGUGGGAUGGGUUCCUACCAUGGGCGCUACAGCUUUGACACCUUCUCGCACAGGAAAUCAUGCCUGCUCAGAAGCACGUGCAUCGAGUGUGUCACCUACCUGCGCUACCCACCAUAUGAGGAACACAAUCUGUCACUUAUGACCUGGGCCAGUAGCCUUUCCCAGAAGAGCCAGGGCUGGUGCCAGAUACUGUGACCGUGUGCAAGUUUUACAACACUGAGCCGGGCUGAGCUGUACUGUGCUGGCUUGAUUACACAUCCACCAUAGUUGUUGAAACCAUGCUGUAAAGCCCAUUGUGAAAAGAGGAUAUCUGAACCUACAGUACGUUCUGAGGACCAGUUGUGAUAGGUCUCCAAUAUGACAAUAUAUUCAGCACUUUACAUUUGAGAUGUAGAACAUGAUGCUAAUGCAGUCACGGUGAUCAUCAAGUUUAUUUACUGCAGCAUGGCAUGAUAGCCCAUCAGUAGAAAUACUAUGUAUAUGUGAUAUUAAGAUAUUCAUUCAGUGCUCUCUGAAAUACUUGAUAAAGAAGCUUCUAGUUGUGAUCCAACCUGUGACAUUUAAAUACAGCGAUGUACAUUGUGUGCUUCAAACACAAUACAGGAUUGUAACAUACGCGCUUCUUUAUAGAAUUCAAUUUAUUUUUUUCUGUAUUAUCCUGGUGUCACAUUACCACAGGUUGUUGUAGCAGCUUUUCCACAUUUUAUCAAAAGCAAAUCAGUACGUUAAGGUUUCGCCUCUAGUCCAACUUGGAUUCAAGUCUUUAUUUGGAAUGUUCCAUUACGAGAUAUUCAAACUUCAAUCAUCAAUCUGUCUUUCACAUAAACCAAUGCCAAUGACGAAUUCAACCUUGAAACAGAAUAAAUGUUGUUUCACAAAA